AUGCUCAAAAUCCUCUCCUACGCCCGCUAUAAAAACUCAUCAGACACUCUCAGGCGUGGAAAAGUCUGCCUCUGUAGUUCUGCAUCAUUUAUUCAAAUCCAAAGAUGCCUUUUCACAACUCAUAUGUCAAAAAUGAAUGCGGAAAUGGGUAAACAAAAUGUUACUUAUAAAGUAUCGUCCCGUAAACCACUUAGUCAAGACUACAGAGAAUUUCUCUCCAGGGCCCUGCGUGUGAACCAAGCAGGCGAACUUGCUGCUACGCUAAUUUACAAGAGUCAAAUACCACCAUUAGUCGCUGCACACCCGAGUCUUAGAUCACUCAUGCAGCACAUGUAUGAUCAAGAAGCUGGACAUCUUCAUAAAUUCAAUCAGCUUAUCGCAAGACACCGUGUUCGUCCCACAGCCAUGUAUCCGGUAUGGACGAUAGCAGCAUCUGUUCUAGGAUGGGGUACCGCGAUGAUGGGACGUGAAGCAGCAAUGGCAUGCACCGAGGCUAUCGAGACAGAAAUUGGGAGUCAUUAUAACUCCCAGGUUCGAAAAUUACUUGAAAUGUCUACCAAAAUGAAGGAAGAUGGAAAAGAUUUAGGUCCAGACUUAGAGGAGCUGAUACGUACUAUUCGGCGGACUAGAGACGAAGAAUUAGAACAUUUAGAUCAUGCUGUUGAAAAUGAUGCCAAAGAAGCAUCAUCUCACGGGUUGCUUAACGGAAUAAUCCGAGCAGGAUGCAGGGGUGCGAUAUGGGUAAGUGAGCGUGUUUAA